AGAUCAGCCUGGAGACCUCAGGGCCAGGCGCGUCAGUCGGAGCGCAAUUGUUGAUCAGAUCACAUCCAGCGGACUUUGCGCGAGAAAAGAGAGGAAGUCGAGAUUUAAGAGCGGGUUAUUUUGACUGCAUACCACUGCAUGUCUGUAGUAGCUGUGACUUUGGCUUAAACACUUUCCCUUCACUUCUCCGGUUUCCUUUUUUUCUUUUUUCUCUCGCACACUUUUUUACGCACGGUUUGUCGGACGAUACGGCUGUGCGACAAUUCGGCGGUGGAGAUGUCUUUCCCCCAGCUAGGCUACCCGCAGUACUUAAGUGCCUCCCAGGCGGUGUAUGGGAGCGAGAGACCGGGAGUGCUUACACCUUCGUCCCGGGGAGGGAGCACCGAAAUCGGGGGAAGUCCGUCCGCCACCGCAGCGGCGGUCACGUCGGUUUUGGGCAUGUACGCCAACCCGUACGCACACAACUACAGCGCUUUCUUACCUUACACCAGCGCGGACUUGGCUCUUUUCUCACAAAUGGGAUCCCAGUAUGAGCUGAAGGAGAGUCCUGGCGUCCAUCCUGCCAGCUUCGCAGCACACACGUCUCCUGCCUUCUAUCCAUACGGCCAGUUUCAGUACGGGGACCCGGCCAGGCCCAAGAACGCCACAAGGGAGAGCACCAGCACCCUGAAAGCCUGGCUCAAUGAGCACAGGAAGAACCCGUACCCAACCAAGGGGGAGAAGAUCAUGCUGGCCAUCAUCACCAAAAUGACGCUGACGCAGGUCUCCACCUGGUUCGCCAACGCCAGGAGGAGGCUCAAGAAGGAGAACAAGGUGACCUGGGGAAGCAGGAGCAAAGAGGACGGGGAGGACGGUAACUUGUUCGGCAGUGGAGACGAGGCGGAGAAAAACGAAGACGAGGAGGAGAUUGAUUUGGAGAGCAUAGAUAUAGACAAAAUCGACGACAAUGACGGGGAUCAGAGCAACGAGGACGAUGACGAUAAAUCAACGGAGGGGAGCAGGGACCACAGGGGCGGUAUCGGUGCAGGUGGAGAGUUGGACAGUUUGGAGAGAAGACGGGCCUUCGCCCUACAGGCCCAUCAGGCCUUUGACAAAUCUAAGAGCCCAAUUUCAGUUCACCCAGGGAGUAAGGAGAACUCGGACGGAAACAACAACAACACCACAAGAGUUUUGUCCCCGGAUAGACCUGGGAGCUUUCCUCUCCCGUCAAACAAUAAGCCUAAAAUAUGGUCUUUAGCGGAGACCGCUACUAGUCCCGAUAGUUCAUCUCAGAAACCCUCGUCCCCUUGUGCCCCAGCGGCCACCACUCACUCAUCAGCGCCCCACCACCAGAUCCAGACCCACCCGGCCUUCCUCCCCAGUCAUGGACUGUACACUUGCCAGAUUGGAAAGUUCCACAACUGGACAAAUGGGGCUUUCCUGGGCCAGAACUCCCUGCUGAACGUGAGGUCGUUUCUGGGAGUAAACCAGCACCAUCACCACCACCACAACCACCACUUGCCGGCCCAGCAGCAGCCGACAUCAGUGGUGGUGUCGCCGGUAGCGGCUGCAGCAGCACUCAGCAAUGACAACAAGGUCCCACCAGAGACCCACAGUCCCAAGCACAUAGACCAUGAAAACGAUGUAAGGUCUGAUUCACCUCCAACACAGAUCCUGAAGUCUUCCUUUCGACCCAUCCAUGACAGAUCCUCUCUGCCUUCCAGCGCCAGGAGUCCACAAGACGCCACGCAACGGGUCCUCACUGCUCUCUCCUCUGCUUGAUCAAGACAUUUUUUUUCUGCUUGAAAAAAAAAAAGAAGAAAAGUAGAAAAAAGACUUUA